AUGGAGCCCCGCACCGUGAUCCCCAUCGACAAGAACUGGGAGUUCAAACAGGCCGACAAGGAGGAUAGCAAGUACCUGCCCGUCGGCCAAUUCCCUACCAAUGUUCACCUGGACCUACUUGCCCAUAAGCUCAUCCCCGAUCCUUAUAUCGGCAAGAACGAGCUCGAUGUCCAAUGGAUCGGCGAAGCUGUCUGGGUCUACAAGACCAACUUCCCGUCGCCGGCAGUCGGAAACUCUACAAAAGCGGUCCUGGCCUUUGACGGGCUAGAUACAUUUGCAACGGUGGUGCUCAAUGGGAAAACAAUCCUCGAGACCGAGAACAUGUUCAUACCCGAACGCGUCGAUGUUACCAAGGUCUUGAAGAGCAAUGGAGAGGAUAACGAAUUAACUAUUACCUUUGAUAGUGCCUACUUGCGAGGCUGGAAGUUGGUUGAGAAGUAUCCGGAACAUAAAUGGGGCUGCUGGAAUGGUGAUAACUCUAGGCUAGCUGUGCGAAAGUCACAAUACCACUGGGGGUGGGAUUGGGGUCCAACGUUACUGACCUGUGGCCCCUGGAGACCUAUCAACCUCGAGAUCUACGAGUCCCGGAUUACUGACCUCUGGUGCGACGUUGAUGUUGAUAAGUCUCUUAAAAGUGCUACUGUAACCACUCAUGUGUCUACAGAAGGUAAAGCCUCUAAGGUUCGGGUUGAAAUAUCACUCGCCGGUACCUCAGUUGCCAGCCAAGUAGUAGAUUCUGGCUCGAGCGCCACCUUCACCAUAUCUGACCCUGAGUUAUGGUAUCCGGUUCGGUAUGGAAAGCAGCCUUUAUAUACAGUCACGGCUACCUUAGGGGAAGAUGGAAAAGAUAUUGACGAAAUAUUCAAGAAGAUAGGCCUACGAAAGGCUGAGCUUAUUCAAAGACCCCUAAAAGGUGAGCCCGGGACGUCGUUCUUCUUCCAGGUCAACGGUAUUCCCAUAUUUUGCGGCGGUAGCGACUGGAUUCCGGCGGAUAACUUUAUUCCGCGAAUCAGCAAAGAGAGAUAUCAUGAUUGGGUCAAGUUGGUAGCAGAUGGUAACCAAUUCAUGAUUCGGGUGUGGGGAGGAGGUAUUUACGAAGAGCAGGCCUUUUACGAUGCUUGCGACGAACUGGGUGUCAUGGUAUGGCAAGACUUCAUGUUUGGCUGCGGCAACUAUCCUGCCUGGCCGGAACUCUUGGACUCGAUUAAGCGUGAGGCAGAGGAGAAUAUCAAGUUGUUAAGGCAUCACCCGAGCAUCGUGAUCUUCGCGGGCAACAAUGAAGAUUAUCAAUAUGCUGAGAGCGUCAAUCUUACCUGGGAUCAGAGUAACCAAGACGCCGAGAGUUGGCUAAAAACAGAUUUUCCGGCGCGCUACAUCUACGAGAAGGUUCUGCCCGACGCCUGCGAAAAGUUGUGCCCGUCGAUCUACUACCACCCCGGAAGUCCCUGGGGAGGAGUCGACACACGAGAUCCAACCGUGGGGGAUAUCCACCAAUGGAAUGUGUGGCAUGGCACUCAGGAGAAGUACCAGAACUUUGAUAAGCUGGUUGGCCGUUUUGUUUCGGAAUUCGGCAUGGAGGCCUUCCCGUCGGUUAAGACUAUUGACGCAUUCUUACCGCUUGGCAAAGAUGACCCGGACCGAUACCCUCAAUCGUCGACGAUAGACUUUCAUAAUAAAGCGGAGGGUCACGAACGGCGCAUCGCGCUAUACCUAGUCGAGAAUAUGCGCUAUGCGCCGGAUCCUCUAGAGCAGUUUGUGUACUGCACACAGUUGAUGCAAGCUGAAUGUCUAGCAUCAGCAUACCGUCUCUGGAAGCGGCAAUGGAAGGGGCCCGGGCGUGAGUACUGUGCCGGCGCGCUCGUCUGGCAGAUAAACGACUGCUGGCCAGUGACUAGUUGGGCCAUCUGCGAUUAUUACUUGCGGCCUAAACACGCCUAUUUUACCGUCAAGCGCGAGAUGGCGCCACUGUCGGUAGGCAUAACACGACAGGAGCAUAAGCGACCUAAAAACAAGUACACUCGGGUAGACAUCGAAACGAAGAUACAAAUCGAAAUCUGGGGCAGCAAUCUCACUCUAGAAGAUCUGACGGCCGACUGUGUCGUCAAAGCAUGGGACGUCGAAACGGGAAAGGAGACGUAUAGUGAGACCGUCAACAAGGAGGCCCUCAUCCUCCCCCAAAACCAGUCCACUGAGAUCGCAGCGUUCGAAGUCCCAGAGCCAUAUAAAGACGAAGGUAUCGACGCCUCCCGGACCGUCGUGGCGGCGUACCUCGUUCGCCGGUCCGAUGGCGUCCAACUCGCGCGCUACGUCAACUGGCCCGAGCCCCUGAAGUAUCUUCAUCUGGCGAAGCCGAGGCAGUUGCAAGCUAAACUGAGCGAGGAUCAUGCGACGGUCCAUGUCUCGGCCGAGGUCCCCAUCAAGGGCGUGGCGCUGGAAAGCGAGGAUGAUGGGAUUAAGUUCGAGGAUAAUCUGGUGGACAUCGUGCCGGGCGAGGUGGUGGAUGUUGGGGUGAGGGGCGCGAGGGAGGGGAGUGUGGUUGGGACGAGGUAUCUGGGGAUGGUUUAG